CGGUGUGCACUUUGAUCAUGAUAUGACAUGGCGCUCUCAUGUAGAUUUCCUCACUGGCAAACUGUCACAGGUGUUGAGUGUUGUCCAUUCCUUUAGGUACCUGCCGCAAUCCGCGAAAUUGCUGAUUUAUAAAUCACUUUCCUUCAGUCACCUAAAUUACUGCUGCCUCGUAUGGGGCACAACUUCAACCAUAAAUAUUCACAAGCUGUUUGUCAUCCAGAAGAAAUUUCCUCGUGUCAUUUGUAAUAAGCCUCGUGAUUUUCAUUCCGCUCCUUUUGAGUGCGCCUACAACCCUUAACUUGCCUGCCCUUAUAAACCCGCGCUUGUUGCCAACCUACAGAAGAUAUGAGAAAAAUAUUUGCGCCCUCAGCUCUCUCGCUAAUCUCACAAAACGAGAAACCCCUUACACAACUCGAGCUCCUGAGACUUGGUGUGUUCCUCAACUUCGUACUAAUUAUGGCCAGCAAAUGUUAUGCCGCUGGCUGCCCAGUUUACUCAAUGAUCUCACCAGAUCCAGUAUGGAUGUGCUCACUUAUUCCGCAAAAAAUCUGCGAGAAGUGUUUCUGCGAACUUGACUCUGUACGGUUGUACUUUGUAAAUUUAGCCCUCGGGGCUCUUGCUUUUUUCUUUUUUUUUUCUCCUUUUUUUUUCCUUAACACGUUUCCCACCUGCCCUGCUGCUGCUAUUGUGAACAAAACGUGGGGCCAGCCAAGCUGCUUUCACUGUAGCUUUUUUCCCCUUGUUUUUCCACCACAACCAUGUACAUCCUUCCUUCUGGAAACAAAGAAAUAAAAAAAUGACAACCAUCUUUAAAACCAUUGCUGUUAUGGCAAAACAAAGCAUCAUUUGUUAGUCAGAGCAUUGUUAUGUUUAUUACUUUUGUCUGUCCACGUUUCCUGCGCUAUUUCAUAGUCCAAAGCCAAGUUAAGCCGACAAACCAAGCGACGCAGGGUUCUGAUUGUUAGAAUUUCGACGGUGUGCCGGAUGUUAUACUGCGCAUUUCGCUUAGCAAAAUGUAAGUUUGUGUUUUGUCUUUCGUUUUAAUUUUACUUUUUGGUCGCUACAACAACUUGUCGGUGCGCUCAUGCUGAGGUGCAGGCGCGUUGAAGUCACACAGUGAUACGCACGCACACACACACACGCACACACGAGCACGCGCGCACACACACACGCUACACAGUCGAAUGAGCGCGCACGUUAUUUGUAACCCUGUGCGUCGGUGCCCCGUUCACAGGAUGAGAGCUCGAGAAGCCGCGCAGCUGUCAUGCAGGCCCGGGUGAAUUACGUUUUAUGGCAAUGUCGACCGUAUCCGUUGAUUAUGUCCACCGGACGGGUACUGAACAUCUGGGAACAGUGCUAGGAAUAGAACGGCAAAGAUACCUUGUUUUCUCCCUCGCGAUAAACGGCGAUCAUUUUGUCUUCGGCGAUGUUCGCAACGGUGUGUCUGGCAGUGCUCUCGACGAUUCUUUACAGUUUGUACAGAUGGAGGAAGAGGACAUUCUCGGUGUUCAAGGAACUCGGUAUACCUGGGCCGGAGCCUAACCUUAUUUUCGGCAACCUGCUUGAAAUACGGAGAAAGGGCAUGGGUAUAGCGUCGAGCGAAUGGACGAAGAAGUACGGUGACGUCGUGGGCUACUAUAACGGCGUCAUGCCUGGAAUCAUACUGCGUGACCAUGAAUUGAUAAAGCGUAUCUUCAUCCAAGACUUCCAGUGUUUCACCGGACGACAGGUCAUGGCUUCCGUGUCAAAAAACCUCGCCGUCAACGAAGUGCGAAUCAGCAGAGUGAGUGGCGACGAUUGGCGCUACUUGAAGAAAAUCAUGGUUCCCGCCUUCAAGACGGGCAAUAUCAAGAAGGCCGUUCCGCUGGUGAAAGAAUGCGUGGAGGAGUGUUUUCGGGUGAUGGACUGCAAGCUCGCUGGCUCAGACGGCUGCAUCGAGGUGUUCGAGCCAUUCUGCAUCAUGGCCACCGACUUCGGCCUGCAGUUCUUCGCCGGCGCUCGCACGGACAUCCAGAGAGACGACACGUCUUUGCUGGCUCUGUGCAAGGCGGCGCGCCAAAGCGUGGGCCAGUUCGGAGGCACCUCGCUCUUUUUUCUCAAUAUCCUCCCUGACAGUCGAUUACUGCACAAGAUUAUCAUCGCCGUGAAGUCUAUUUUCGCUCAACUACCCUCGGACGAGGUGACAGACAGGAUGGUUCCUAUCAUCAAUCACCGCAGAGAAAACCCUGAUCCCACCAAGGAGGACGUACUUCAGUUGAUGUUAAACUCGGAAAAAGAAGAAAGGAAGAGCAAUGGAAAAAUCGAAGGCCAUCGGUUAUCGAGCAUACUGAUGUCACACCCACUCGAGCUAAGGACGGCUUCGAACACCGCUAUCUGCAUUGUUGCCGGCAUCGACAACAUAGCUUCACCGCUGGCCUUCGCGUCUUACCUGCUCGCUGAACACCAAGAAGUGCAGGACAAAGUUCGAGCAGAAGUUCAAGCCCUACUCCAGAAAGAGGGGGAGCUCACAUACGACGGCCUCGCUGAACUCACGUACUUGGGCCAAGUGCUGUCAGAAACCCUGAGACUCUAUCCUUCGCUUCCAGGCUCGGUGCGCAGGGUAUGUGACGAGGACUACGAGUGCAAUGGAAUUCGCAUCCUGAAAGGCAUGAACGUUUCCGUUCCCACUCUCGAUGUGCACUACGAUCCCAUGCUGUGGCCGGAACCGAAAAAGUUUGACCCUGAACGAUUCAGCAAGGCAAACAAGGAGCGCAUACAUCCCUUCUCGUACUUCCCCUACGGACUUGGACCGCGCACAUGCAUGGCAGCCGCUCUCGCCCGGGUGGAGUUCAUCGUCGCGCUUGCUCUGCUUGUGACGCGGUACAGGUUACUGCCUACUGGCAAGUACAAAGACGAGCCGCCGAAAUAUUUUACCGCAAUGUUGGUGGGUUAUCCAAAGGAAGGUGUAUACGUCAAACUUCAGAAGCUUUAAAGUCCAGGGAAAUACAUGAAAGAGCAGGGCGAAAACACGUCAUGUUCAUUGUGACUGUCUACACUUUGAGGUCAGUAAAAGGUGAUCUUCUCUGCUUUAACAGCAAGAUACACUCACAAAUCACCGCAUGCGUCAACUCAAUCGCCUGACUUCUAUCCUUGGGCCUCCAUACUGCUAUUACUCGCCAAUAAAGUGUUUCCCGUUG